AUGAAGCUCUUAACGUUGUCCCUUACGUCUCUCUUCGUGAUCUUUACUGUCCUAGGAAGCCAUGCAACGCAGGAUUCAUUGGGAUCUGCCAGCGUAUCAUUGGCUGGUGCUUCUGUCCCUCAGGAUGUACAGGUAGUAUCCGGUCGAAGAAUAUCCAUCAUUGUUGAGUCCGUUACUGGUUCAUCUUCCAUCUGUAGCUGGUUCUCGUCUAGGUUGUCCACACUUGGCCCGGAUGGAAAAUGGCCAGACUCUGAAAUUAACUAUACGACAGGCUGCGAUGCGCAAACUGGCAGUUGGCCGGCUCAGGCGCAUUGGCAGCGGAUCACUACUCUGGCUGCUGCUUGGCAUGGUGGCCUAUCUGGUGCGAGCCAGUGGGUCCAAAGCAGCCAACUUAGGACAGCUAUAUCCUUGGCGAUGCAAUAUUGGUAUGAAAACGACUUCUCUGACCCAUCGUGCUUGGACGAAGGUGGCGACGACGCCUGCCCCUGUGGGACUCCAGGAUUUUGGAACACUAACUGGUUUUCGAAUAUCAUCCUAAUUCCAGGUUUCGUUGGCGAAACUUGCCUGUUGCUCAACAACACGCUUUCAUCCAGCGAAUUAGGCAACUGCACGAAGAUAACUGGUCGCGCUUAUAAUACUUUCCUCACUGGUAUCAAUGGAGUCAGUUCAAUCACCGGCGCAAACCUCUUGGACAUUGCUAGUAUCGGUGUCGACCUUGGUUUGUUGAUUGCGAACGAAACUCUUCUUGAUGAUGCCUUUGGACGGGUUCAUGACGAGGUCGUCAUUCAGAAUGCUGUGAAGGCUGAUGGCAUUCGAGCCGAUGGCAGCUUUGGUCAGCAUUCGGGCAUACUAUAUAACGGCAACUAUGGCAAAGACUACUCGAAUGACGUUUUGGAUUUUGAGAUCGAGGCUGCAGGGACCGAAUACCAAGCGACUACCGAUUCACGAAGCGCAUUCGAAGUUCUCUGGGAUGGCAAUCAAUGGAUGAUAUUUCGCAAUACUCUGACAAAUGUUCUGCACUGGGACUUUAGCGUAUUAGGCCGAUUCAUCAGCCUACCUGUCGCAGAUGAUCAGGCGACAGAAAACCUGAAAACAAACCUCACUGAAUUACGGGCCCUGGGGCAAGACUGGGAUUCGACUUUACUAAAUCAAGUCUUCAACAGCUUGUCCAUGAACACGACUGACGCAAAUGCGGGAGCAUUGGAAGGGAACCGUAUGUUUUAUGCUAAUGAUUACAUGGUUCAACGUGGCAGUGGAUAUGUCACGACUCUACGGAUGUAUUCAAAGCGAACCCAAAACUCAGAAUGCACAAAUGCUCAGAACCCGUUCGGUUUCCACCUUAGCGACGGCACACUCUACACUUACCUAACGGGCGACGAAUACGAAGAUAUCUCCGCCGCAUGGGAUUGGAACUUAAUCCCAGGAACGACCGUGGAUUAUGGAGCAACUACUCUGACUUGCAGCGGUGUUCGGCACACGGGCACACAAGCAUUCGUCGGCGGCGCCUCGGACGGAACGAUUGGAGUAGCUGCGAUGCGAUACGAGACGCCGUCAUCAAAAACACUGAACUGGCGCAAGACGUGGUUUUUCUUAGAUGACAACGUUCAGCACGUCAUGGUUGCGCGCAUAAGCUCUACAACGAGUGCACCGGUGUACUCUGUCCUGGAUCAAAGGAGGCACGACGGAGACAUUUUGGUCGACGGCGUCGCACGCGAGAGUGGGAACUACUCUGGGGUGUCCUCGCUGUGGCACGGCGGAGUUGGAUAUACCUUCAAUUCGUCCAACGCGGCGGUGUCUUUGUCCGUGCAGGUUGGCGAGCGCACAGGAGACUGGUCUGUGAUUGGGACGUCGAAACAGCCGCCCACGACGGUGGACCUCUUCUCGGCCUGGCUGAGUCACUCCGACCUCAGCACAGCUAUAGAUUAUACUAUCUAUCCUGCAACAACUGCAUCUUCGUUCCAAUCCAAAUCUGCUUCCUCUCAGCUGACAAUCAUCCGCAACGACGGUUCCAUUUCUGCUGUUUUCGAUGGCGCAAACAAGGUAGCUAUGUUUGUAUUCUGGGAGACGACCGGGGGAAAGACAACGAUUCCAGCGACGAGCAACAGCGCUCCUAUCACGAUCACAUCAAAUGGGAGCGCGGCGGUAAUCGUGAGGAUGGACGGUUGGAACGUGACGGUCUCGGAUCCUACACAGUUAUUGAGUACCCUUACGGUGAACUUCACUCUUGGCUCCGGACUCGUUCCUGCAGGAUGGGGGUCCGCCAAGAGUCACGCGUUGACUUUCAAUCUUCCCAGCGUGGGGCUUGCUGGAAGCAGUCUGUCACAGUUGCUUGUGAACUGA